CAGCGCGUCGCCGCCCGCGGGCCUGUCCGACGUCCGGCCCCGGCCCGUCCCCGCGCCCGCCGCCCGGGCCGCCAUGUGACCGCGCCGCCGCCCUCCGCGCGCGCCCGGCCCGCCCGCCCGCCGCGCGUCCUCCGGCCGGGCUCAGCCCCAGGGCCGCGGAGCGGAGCGGCGGGGCCGGCGCCAUGGCCGAGAGGGGCCGCCUCGGCCUCCCCGGCGCGCCCGGCGCGCUCAACACGCCGGUGCCCAUGAACCUGUUCGCCACCUGGGAAGUGGACGGCUCCAGCCCCAGCUGCGUGCCCAGGUUGUGCAGCCUGACCCUGAAGAAGCUGCUGGUCUUUAAGGAGCUGGAGAAGGAGCUCAUCUCGGUGGUGGUCGCUGUCAAAAUGCAGGGCUCCAAGCGGAUUCUGCGGUCUCACGAGAUUGUGCUGCCCCCCAGUGGACACGUGGAAACCGACCUGGCGCUGACCUUCUCGCUGCAGUACCCCCACUUCCUGAAAAGAGAAGGCAACAAACUUCAGAUCAUGCUGCAACGGAGAAAGCGAUACAAGAACCGGACCAUCCUGGGCUACAAGACGCUGGCCGCGGGCUCCAUCAACAUGGCAGAGGUGAUGCAGUACCCCUCAGAGGGUGGCCAGGUGCUGAGCCUGUGCAGCCUUAAGGAGGCCACGGUCAAGGUGGCGGAGAUCUGGAUCUUCUCGCUGUCCAGCCAGCCCAUUGACCACGAGGACGCCGCCAUGCAGGCCGGCCCCAAGGCCAAGUCCGCAGAUAACUACUCCGAGGAAGAGGAUGAGAGCUUCUCGUCCGAGCAGGAGGCCAGUGACGACGCCGUGCAGGGGCAGGAUUUGGACGAGGACGACUUUGACGUGGGGAAGCCCAAGAAGCAGCGGCGAUCGCUACAGCAGAACCUCAAGCAGAAGGUCGUGGCACUGCUGCAGCCUGGCUUGAGGGUUCCGGCUGUGUCCCUGUGCUGUGUCUGCGUCCCCCCGCCUGGCCGACCCUUGUCUGCUGGCCCUGCCUCCCUACCUGGCUCGGGGGACUGUGCGAUUGGAGCCGGCCGGCUCGAUCUCAGCUGCUCAGGGAUGGUGACGGGUGGCGGCUCCUGUGUGUGGCUGCAGCCCCCACCCGGCGACCAGCCCCUUGGGAGUUUCGCCUGCGGGCGAGAGCCGUGGCCUGGCGGGGGCCGCCUGCGGGGUGGUGGGUGUAGGCCCUCGGGCCGUACUGAGGUGGGGGGAGGCCUGGGGGGCCCCAAGGAGGCAGAGCUGGGGGUCAAGGCCUGGUGCUCAGCCCCCUCCCCUCAGGCUUUCAGGGGCUUCCUGCAGCACCCCUGGCAGUGCGGCUCGCAGACGGCCCCCACCCCAGGGAGGGGUCAGGCCGGCCUCGCUGCCAGCCCUCCUGCCGACAGCUCGGACGCUCUCCUCGGGGGGCCCUGGGGAGAGGCCCUGUCCUCGGGCCCGCGGCCGCUCAUGCCCACAUCAGGAGCGAACCUGCCAGCGCGGACGCCGUGGUUCAGAACGGGGGACAGAAGGACAUGGGGCCUUGUCCCGGCUGACACCGGACCCCUCGCCCUGAGGAAGGGCCGGCAGAGGCUGCAGGACAGGGCAGCUCCGUGCGCUCAGGAGGCGCUUCUGACGGCCCAGGGACGGCUGCACUGGGCGCUGCGGGAAAGGCCCUGGCCGGGGUUGUGCAGGACCUGCCCACCGGGCCCUGAGCUCACUGGCUGGGGCAGGGGGUCCUCUGCGGGACGGGGCUCACAAGGCCGUGUGCAGAGCGACGCAGCAGCCCCCAGCACCCUGGGAGGGUCCGAGCGCCAGCCCAGGGCGUGCCGUGUGGGGGGCACCUGGGGCUGGCCGUCUGCCAGGAGAGGGUCCCGCACCCCCGAGCCUGGGCCGUGCCCGGACACCGCUGACGGCCUUGUUCUCCUUGCUCUCAGCCCUGACGAAGAAUCCUCUCAGAAGUUCAUCCCCUUUGUCGGGGUGGUGAAGGUUGGCAUCGUGGAGCCGUCCUCCGCCACAUCAGGCGACUCGGACGAUGCGGCCCCCUCCGGCCCCGGCGCGCUCUCCUCCACCCCACCGUCCAUGUCUCCAGCUGCCAAGGAGGCCUCGCCCACGCCCCCCUCCUCGCCGUCCGUGGGGGGCGGCCUCUCCUCCCCCAGCCAGGGCGUCGGUGCCGAGCUGAUGGGGCUGCAGGUGGAUUACUGGACGGCGGCCCAGCCGGUGGAGAAGAAGAGGGACGCGGAGAAGAAGGACCUCGCCGCCAAAAACACGCUCAAGUGCACUUUCCGGUCCCUCCAGGUCAGCAGGCUGCCCAGCAGCGGCGAGGCCGCGGCCACGCCCACCAUGUCCAUGACGGUGGUCACCAAGGAGAAGAACAAGAAGGUGAUGUUUUUACCCAAGAAAACGAAAGAAAAGGACCUGGAGGCCAAAAGCCAGUGCAUCGAGGGCAUCAGCCGCCUGAUAUGCACCGCCAAGCACCAGCAGAACAUGCUGCGGGUUCUCAUCGACGGGGUGGAAUGGAAUGACGUCAAGUUCUUCCAGCUGGCUGCUCAGUGGUCAUCCCACGUCAAGCACUUCCCCAUCUGCAUCUUUGGACACUCCAAGUCCACCUUCUAGCUUCUGCCCGCCCUCAGGGGCGAGCCUGCAGACGACGGCCGAGGCCCGCUGCCCGCCCCCUGGAUCACCGCCUCACAAGAGUCCCAGUUGUUUUUGUGUUAACAUUUCAGUUUACUACAGAAACAGACUUUUAAAACACAAAGCGAAACAGGCUUAAGUAUGAACGUACUUACACGCUGAAAACUAACGGCGGCUCCCGAGCUGAGAGCUGAGCCUAUUAACCAGAAUGUUCCGGCAGGGGUGCUCAGAGGCCGGGCUGGAGGGCAGAAUGGGCAGUGUUGAGCAUGCAGAAUCACGGGAGGUGGGUUUGGUCUUCAGAGCCCCCAGGCGAGAGGGGGUCUCGCCUCAGCAUCCUUUCCUCCCUGGAAACGAGGCCUGUGCGUCCUCAGGUAGCCAGAGGGUAAUGCAGGAGGUGCCACAGAUACACAUCUGGCUGCACAGGUGAGGGGCUGCUCAUGCAAGCCAAAGAUCUCAGUGGCCGAGGCACGGUCCCGGUUGGGGCCUGUCCUGGGAGAUGGAGGCCUCGCCCGCUCAGCCUUCCUGUUGGAGAAAACCCUGGGGUGGAAUCUGAAGGAGAGGGGCUGCCCAGCACCGGGCCAGACUCUCCUAGACGCCUUCCCCAGGGCCUCCCACCCGUGGUUCCCGGCACUCCCACCUUGCUGCGGAGAUUUUAUAGUAGCAGAUGUUUUUAAUGCUUUUAAAUACAUGUUAUGAUGUGGCUGCCAAA